AUGAGCACGAACUCUCCGCCUUCGAAACAGCGAAAAUUACGUCAGUGCGUGUUCCGGAAAGACUGGAGAUCUCAACCCGAGUAUGAGAGUUGGCUCCUGCCCAUGGACGACGAUGCCACCGCUGCAAGAUGUACUUCAUGCGCAAGCAGGUUUACGGCGAAAUUUGAUAACGUCAGCGCUGUCAAGCAUCACGCGUUAAGGCAGAAACUUAAGGAGAAGAGCAUCGCCUUGAAACACUCGGCUGCGCUCACGAAGUUCUUCGCUCCAGCGACUUCUAGCGCAGAAGAUAAGGUGACCGCUGCAGAACUGGGCACCAUAUUCCACGGCAUCAAGCACAACUACAGUUCCCUGUCAAUAGAUUGUGCCAGCAAGUUAGCGUCAAAAUUCUUCCCGGAUUCAGACGUCGCUUGCAGAAUGCGACUUGGAAGAACGAAGAUGAAGCACUUCGUGAAAGAUGUGCUGGCGCCUUAUUCAGUGGAGUGCAUAGCCGAGAAACUUCGCCAAGCAGGCCGAAACCUUCCGUUUGCUCUCUCCACGGACGCCUCCAACAAGGGAAAUAGAAAACUUUUCCCCAUCGCCGUGCGGUUCUACGACGUGAAUAGUGCCGGAAUAACGGACGCUCUCAUCGACUUCUGUGAGCAGGCGGACGAGACUUCCGACGGCAUCUGCGAACUCUUGGCAACAAAUUUGGAGAAGGUUGGUCUUCCUUUAGAGCGAGCUGUAGCGUAUAGCACGGAUAACGCUUCUGUGAAUGAUCGGAAACACAACUCCAAUUUCCAGAAGAUGCAGAAAGAUCAGCCGCACUUGUUGAACGCUAAUUGUAAUUGCCAUGUAAUGCACAACGCUGCCCAGCACGCAGUGAAGUCUUUAAAGUUUGAUGUGGAAACCCUUGUACUAAAGGUCUUCAAAGAGUUUUCUUCUAGUUCGAAAUGUGUAGAGGAAUUGAAAACGUUUUUUGACUUCUGUGAUCAGGAAUAUAGCAAAGUGCUCGGUCAUAUUUCUGUCCGUUGGUUAAGCUUGUUUACGGCCUUAGACAGACUGAUUAAGAACUGGGUUCCCAUCAAGUCUUACUUUCUGAGUCAGGGCGAGGAGGAGUGGGGAAAAAUGAUCUGGAUAUUUAUUGGCAACCGAGCCGAUGGACUCUCGGAGUUUAUCAUGCUUCCGGAGUGCUAUCUGCCCUUCGAGCACUCGUUCCUUGCAAUGUUUCAUUCAACUAUCUUCACCCUCGAAAAGAGUCCAUCUUGA